CAAGUCAAAAUCAAACGACCAGAUGAAACGUCGACAAAAAAUUUAUAAAACAAUAAGAUUGGAAGAGGCUGUGGGAAGACAAAGGAUGGAAGGUUCUGACCAAUAAGAUGGUGACAUCUUACAUUCCAAUAAUUUAACUAAUUCCUAAGAUAAAUUAUUUUGAAACUAAACUAGUCAUUCCUCAGGAUAUACCUCCAGUUAUGUCAAACUAUUCCAGAUCGAGUAGAUAUUAUAACCAGUUUACAGAAGGGUCCGAUUCAUCUACUCUAUUCAGAAUGCAUGAACAAUAUUGGGCCACUAAACAAGCCAUAUUUAAAAGAUUAGGAAAGAAAAAUGAUGAUUGUAUUAUUGCUAGUGAUUCUGAACUUGAUUCUAAGCUUGAGUUAUUUCAAGCAGUUGAGGAAUCAUGCUUUAAUUUAAUGAGAGUUUUGGAAAAUUAUCAAGAUAAAUUAUGUGCUCUAUCUCAAGAAGAAAAUGCAAUGGGUAGAUUUCUAAAAGAAUAUGGAAAAUGGGAUAAAACUCAAGCUGGCAAAAUGAUGACAGCAACUGGAAAAACUAUGAGUUAUACUGCACAACAAAGAUUAUCCUUGCGAAUGCCUCUAGUGCGUUUAUACCAAGAAAUAGAUACCUUUCAAUUCCGAGCCAUUACUGACACAUUACAGACUGUUGAGAAAAUGGAGAAGGCAAGAACAACAUAUCGAGGAGCUUUAAUGUGGAUGAAAGAUGUUUCCCACCAGCUUGAUCCAGACACUUGUAAACAAUUAGAAAGAUUCAGAAAAGUUCAGGGUCAUGUGAGACACACUAAGCAGAUAUUUGAUAAACUUAAAAUAGAUACUCUUCAAAAAGUAGAUCUGUUGUCAGCAUCUAGAUGCAAUAUGUUUUCACAUGUCUUAACUAGUUAUCAAAAUGCACUUCUAUUAUUUUGGGAGAAAACGGCUCAUACAAUGAACACAGUAGCUAAAAGUUUUCGUGGUUACCAGCAUUAUGAAUUCUGUAUGUUAAAGGAGCUUGCAGGGCCAAGCAAAGAGCUUGUUGAGGCCACAGCUAAUCAGGAAAAACUAACGGAAGAGGAGGAGGAAGAUAGAGAUAUGUUACUAUUUUUUGACUCUGAGUAUCAUGAUGAUGUCAAAGAGGAUUCUAGUCAGGAAAAAACAGAACCUGUAGAGAAAACCAAUGGUAAAGAGAAGGUGAAAAAAGAUGACGACAUUCCUCUAUUAAUUUUAGAUAAAGAAUCAAAGGAUGAUAGAGUUCCUAGUAAUUCUGAAAAUUCAAAAAAUGAUGUUGACCUACUUACGGACAAUCAGGCCAAUAACAAUGAUAAAGAUGAUUUAGCAUUUCUUAACAACAUUCUGAGUAAUUCAUCAGAAAACAUUCCUUCUAAUGAAUUAGAAAAUAGUUUUGCUCAUCAGUGGCAAACAGCAUUUGGUGCCUCUAGUACAGAAAAAUCUGCAAUAGAAAAUGAAUUAGAAUCUUUACUUGAUGAUAUGCAUAAAUCUGGCACCACUUCUGAACCAAACAUUCCUAAUUUUUUACCAUCACAAUUAUUAGAAAUGACAUCAGGAUUUUCAGACAUGGACUUGAGUUCUGCAGCAUUGAUACCUGUUCAGCAGUCACAGAAAUCUGACAUAUCCAACAACCUUACAACUUCUAAUUCAAAACCUACAUCUUCAACCUCUAAACAAAAACAACCAGCGACAGCUGCAUCAAAAAAGGGAAAAAAAGACAUUUCAGCAUGGUUCAAUUUAUUUGCCGACCUUGACCCACUCUCUAAUCCCGAUGCCAUCGGUAAAAAGAAAGACGACGGCGACGACGAUCGGAAUUGUUAAUUGUUAUAAACUUCUAUCUGGCCUUCUAGUCAUGUCUAUAAAUGCAUUUAUUUUAUUUAAGGUAUGUUUAUGCUUGUGUGCCCAGCAUCAAGUAUAGACAUUAAUCUUAUUGAUUUAUUCAUGUAUAUGCAUAAAUUAUAUACAGAUUUAUCCAUGUGUUUUAUUACUAUCAGUAUUGGGAGUGAUGACACUAUUUUAAUUUUAAAUUCAGUUGUGUUAAAUAUCAUUGUUUAUAUAUUAAAUAUUUUCUUAUUUUAUAAAAUGUAAUAUGAACGAUCACCAAAGACAAAAUUUUUUAUCGGACGUAGA